AUUUAUGUUUCUUCUUUGUCUGUGUAGAUCAAGUCCAGUCGGUUGAGGACACAGGCUCAUGUGUUCGUGGCAACGGGAUCGGCUAUACUGGCAUGCAGGUUCGCACCCGCUCAAACCACCUCUGUCAGUUGUGGAUGCUUCAGACACCACACAAGCAUCCUAUGCUACCCUCUGUCUAUGUUGCAGAGCUUCAAAAUGCUGGUUACUCUUGUAGGAAUCCUGGGGGUCUGGGAGAGAGACCUUGGUGCUAUACCAAUCACCCUAGUGUUAGAUGGGAAUACUGUAACAUACCAUCGUGUCUCAAUUGCAGUGAGCUAAUGGUUGAGUCAAAUGAAGGACUCUCUGUUUCUUAUUCAUCAAAUAGUUACAUCAGUACAGCUACAUAUAGUUGUAAAAAUGGCUAUAGCUUAGUUGGGGUUGCUGCAAGGACCUGCUUGAGUAGUGGAAAGUGGAGUGGAAAUCCACCUUACUGUCAAAUUGUCAAUUGCAGUGAGCUAAUGAUUGAGUCAAAUGAAGGACUCUCUGUUUCUUAUUCAUCAAAUACUUACAACAGUACGGCUAUAUAUAGUUGUAAAGAUGGCUAUAGUUUAAUUGGGAUUGCUGCAAGGAUCUGCUUGAGUAAUGGCAAUUGGAGUGGGAACACACCAUCUUGCCAAAUACUUGUAACAUCUUCAGAUCGACUUGGAGUUAUUAUGAAUAUGAUACCAAUGGUGAUAGUCACUGUGACAGUAGGAGUUCUGGUGGUGCUUUUAGUGAUUUUUUUUGCUUGCAUAAUAAAGAAGAGAAAAAGAAUAAAACCAGUCACAAAUGAGGCUACUAGAUCUAUUGCCUUCGAUUGUGAAAAUCAUACUUCUAAUCAACUUAAGGAGAUCUCGUCUGAUUAUAUCAAUCAGUUAUCAAAGCAUUUAAUAUCAGGGUCAAACCUCAAGAUACUGGAGUCUGUUGGUCGAGGUGAAUUUGGUAUAGUGUAUCGUGGGCUGAUAUCAGUAAAAAAUCGCAUGCCACAAGCUAUUGCUGCCAAGACUUUAAAAGGUCUCUACAGUAAGAGUGAUAUUGACUCUCUACUGGAUGAGUGCGUUAUAAUGAUGUCGUUCGAUAAUUUAAAUGUACUACCACUGAUUGGUGUGUGUCUUGAUCUUGGACCAGCUCCAUACAUUAUCAUGCCUUUCAUGUCAAGAGGAAGUUUAUUGUCUUACCUCAAGAAAGAGAGAGCUAAUCUUACAGUAGCUGAUACCAGUGAAGAGGAUAUUAUACUGAAUGUCAGGAAACAGUUACUCUCUAUUUGUUUACAAGUUGCUAAUGGAAUGUGCUACUUAGCUUUGCAGAGAUUCAUUCAUCGAGAUUUGGCUGCUAGAAACUGCAUGAUUGAUGAUAAUGGUAUCAUUAAAGUAGCCGAUUUUGGUCUAUCAGAAAAAAUAUAUUCUCAAAACUACUUCAGACAACUGGAAGUCAAUAACUCAUCACCUGUUAUUAAACUACCGGUGAAAUGGAUGGCAUUAGAAAGCCUUCAUGAUGGACUGUUCUCUGAAAAAUCUGAUGUGUGGUCUUAUGGUGUGUUAUGCUGGGAAGUGUUCAGUCUUGGUAGAGUACCUUAUCCUGGUCUAGAUCCAGUAGGAGUUGUGGAAUUAUUAAAUACUGGUGGGAGACUGUACAGUCCAAAUAAUGAAGCAUGUUCAAAAGAAAUAUACUCACUGAUGAUGUCAUGUUGGUCUGAGUCUCCCAAUGAUAGGCCAGUGUUCAGUGAUUUAGUAUCAUCAAUCAAUGCACUCAUCGAGCCAUUGGCUGGCUAUUUAGAUCUAGAUGUUCAUACUAGUACUGUAUAAAAUGAUAAAACUGUAUGUUCGUUGCAACUUAUAACUUUAUUAAGUAUUUUAUUCUUCAUUUAUGUACUCCAUUAGCAAUUGUGCCAUUUUUCUUGUUAAAAAUUUUCAUUUACUCU